UUAAGAAUGAAGUGGCAAUUCUUUCGGUCUUUCGUUGCACUGACAUAGAACACAUACCGGGAACGACUCACGCAAAGAGUGCCUGAAAAUGGUGCAGCGGCUUACGUAUCGCACGCGCCACAGCUAUGCCACCAAAUCCAACCAGCACCGGAUCGUCAAGACCCCUGGUGGGAAGUUGGUGUAUCAGAGCACCAAGAAGAGGGCAAGUGGGCCCAAGUGCCCAGUCACUGGAAAGAGGAUCCAAGGGAUUCCCCAUUUGAGACCUGCUGAAUACAAGAGAUCUCGAUUGUCAAGGAACCGAAGGACUGUGAAUCGGGCUUAUGGUGGUGUCCUUUCUGGAGGUGCUGUUAGGGAGAGGAUAAUUCGAGCAUUCUUGGUUGAAGAGCAGAAGAUUGUGAAAAAGGUGUUGAAGAUCCAGAAGACAAAGGAAAAGCAAGCCUCAAAAAGCUGAAAUGAGUGGAGCAUUAAGGGAAAAGUAAUUCGAGUUAUGAAAUAUGGUUUAGAGUUGAGAGAAAUUUUGAAUUAGGUUGGUGUUGAUGAGUUGAAUGGUAUUGGAAUGCUUUUACUCA